CACCAACACCAGUUCGCGGAGCUAGGGAGGAAGAAGCUGGAACAGGCGAUACAGCAACUGCAGGAACAGUUGCAGCUGAACGUGAUCCAGCAGACGCAUCUGUUGCAAACCGCCGACAAGAAGAAGGCGUCCGCCCCUCUUCAGCAAUUGGCGCUUCAGCAGCAACGCUUGAUUCAGCAGCUGCAAAUCACACAGAGCCAGUAUCUCCUCCAACAGGGUCUUGGUCUUCAGGGUCACAAUCCUUCUUCAGGUCUGCAACCAGGCGAGGGUCUACCGAUAUGGAAGACAGAGACACCGGACGUUCCAGAAUCCCACCAGAACUCCAACGUUCCAAAAUCCGGGACAGGACUGAAUGGACUUCUGAAUUCGAUAGUGUCCAGUCGCCGGUCGGAGAUGAACGGCACCACUCCGCUGGACGAAAAGCCAUUGGACGUUUCCUCGAACGACAAGGCUCAUCCCCUUUACGGUCAUGGGGUUUGCAAGUGGCCGGGCUGUGAAGUUAUUUGUGAAGACUAUCAAGCAUUCCUUAAGCACUUGAACACGGAGCACACGCUGGACGACAGAUCGACGGCGCAAGCCAGAGUUCAGAUGCAAGUGGUGUCCCAGCUGGAGAUUCAGUUGCAGAAGGAACGGGACCGGCUAACCGCCAUGAUGCACCAUCUGCACGUGGCGAAACAAAUGGCCUCCCCGGAACCACCAAAGUCGUCCGAGUCGUCGGUGAGUUUUCGUCGCUUGCAAUUAUUUGAUAAAUAUGAUUCAGUUGCCCGUUUAACACUUUAACGACCGGUAGCCUAUUAAAUAGGCAUUUUGCUAUAAUAAAUGCAU